AUGGCACAGGAAUUCUUUAUCUUGGGCUUCCAAAGUACUUCAGCCUCAGGUCUAAGGCGAACUCCUUACCUUCGUGCUUCAUGUCAUCACUAGAGAAUUCGCAUGGCUUCAUCAGUACCGGAAAGGCGGUGCGCCACGCGUUAGGUAGCCAGGGCGACGGUAGCUAAUGUCGAGCCCCGACAAGUCCGCGGCGCUUGCGCGUUUGCUCAGCCGCAAUACUACCAAGAGUUCUAAGCGUCGAGAUGAAACUCGAUCGGACAAGCCGGGGGAGCGUAGGAAGAGCUUCCAGUUUGCGUCGACGACGGAUGGGCAGGCCCUAAAUCGCAUACGAGAGGGGCUCAACUGGUCCUCCGAUGUGGAGGGCAGCUCCUCCAGUCGGAGCCGGCCCUGGAGUGCAGCAGCCUUCGUCCAUGCCUUACACCCUGUCGCCAGCUUUACCCCCUUCAGAUAUGGCAAGCUUUCAGACCUCGACAUGCACAUCGCGGGUGCAAUCGAGCGCCGCGACACGCAUCGCGACUUGCUGGCGGAAACCAUGGAGCGUAUGGCCAAGCACAACGCGCGGCUCAAGAUGGAGGCGCAGCGGCUGCGACUGGAGUCGCAGGACCGGGCGGCGCGGACCAUCCAGAUCUACUGGCGCCUGUACCGCGAGCGGCUGAUUGAGCAGCGCAAGGAGGAGCGGCGCAAGCGGAGCACCUGGAUGGAGAGCGUCCGGCGCAGGCCGCUGCGGGAGGGCUCCGACUCCUCUGAGGACUGGGAAGACGAGGAGGAGGAGGAGGAGGGCGGAGAAGGCGGCGAGGGGAGGGGCGGCAAGAGCGGCAAGGGCCGCAAGAAGGGCUCAGGCAACGACGACAAGAAGAAGCAUCGCAAAAAAGCGAAGAAAAAGGCCGAGAGCAAUGCCGCCAGCGACCCUCGAAAAGCCAGACCCAGGCGCAAGAGCAAGCGCAAGGGCGCCGGCCCGGCUGGGGUCGCAGGAGAGGGCGGUGCGGGUGAGGGCAACGGCGCGGACCAGCUGGAUGAGGGGGAGCGGGAGCUGGAGGAGCAGGAGCUGCAGUGGCAGCGCAUUAAGGCGCGGGUGCUGCGGGAAAGCGAAAUCGCGGAGAUGAGGGCUCGAGGGCGCGGUGGCGAACAACGGAUCGGGAGUACGGGGACGUUGGAGACCCUGGACGAGAGCUUUGUGGAG